AAGGACACGACCCUUACUGUCUGUACAAGUAUGGCACAGAUAGCUAUCUAUAUAAGGCAGUUACACUAUCUAAGAAGCUAGUACCUGCUGGCAUGGCUCCAAUGUGGUUUUUAGCGUUCAUCUUGCCGACGGCUCUAGGGUCCAUGUACAGUAACCCUAACUGUGUGGAGGGACGGACAGCCAUCACGCACCUGUUCGAGUGGCGUUGGGCGGACAUUGCUGACGAGUGUGAGAGGUUCCUUGGACCAUACGGGUUCUGUGGUGUUCAGAUCUCUCCUCCUCAUGAAAAUCGGAUCGUCACGAACCCCAAUCGGCCAUGGUGGGAGCGGUACCAGCCUGUCAGCUUCAAACUGCAGACGAGGAGCGGUACCGAGCAGGAACUGAAGGACAUGGUGGCCAGGUGCAACAAGGUUGGAGUCAGAAUAUACGGUGACUCGGUGAUCAACCACAUGGCUAGCUCGAGUAGUUCUGGCUAUGGAACUGCUGGCAGCAUGUACAACGGGAGUGGGCUUCAAUUUCCUGGCGUGCCAUUUGGCCCCUCCGACUUCAACGACGGCUCAACUUGCCACAGCGCAGACUUGAACAUCCACGACUUCCACAAUGUUGGGGAGGUACGGAACUGCAGACUGCUUGGUCUGGUAGAUCUGAAGCUGGACAAGACCUCCGUCAGAGACAAGGUUAUUGCCUACCUGAACAACCUGGUGGACAUGGGUAUCGCCGGAUUCAGGCUGGAUGCUGCCAAGCACAUGUGGCCAGGAGACAUUGUAGCUAUUAUGGACCAAGUGAACAACCUUCCGUCGGAGACAUUUGGUCACAACAAGAGGCCCUUCGUAUUCCAAGAAGUAAUAGACACGGGAAUUGCUGAACCAAUCACGGGCGACCAGUAUCUUAGUAGCGGAAGAGUCACGAACUUCAUCUAUGGAGCCGAGCUCACUAAGUUCUUCAGGAAACAGAAGGCUAUGAAGAUGUUGAUCGACUGGGGAAAAGGGAUGAUGAGAUCUGACGAUACAAUCGUCUUCAUUGACACCCAGGACACCCAGAGGGACCAUGGAGAUCACGGCGCCCCCGGGGACGUCCUCAGUCACUUCGAGCCCCGUGCUUACAAGCUGGCGACAGCCUUCAUGUUAGCCUAUCCGUACGGCUUCCCCAAGAUUAUGAGCUCAUACGACUUCUCACUGACUGACACUAAUCAGGGACCCCCUCACAACAACGACAUGAGCACCAAACCGGUGACCAUCAAAAGUGAUCUGAGCUGUGGCAACGGAUGGACCUGUGAGCACCGAUGGCGCCCGAUGUACAACAUGGUUGCCUUCAGGAACGUUGCUAGUCUCUCAGGGUUGACUAACUGGUGGUCUGGUUCAGACUAUCAGAUAGCAUUCUCGAGAGGCAACAAGGCCUUUAUUGCUUUUAAUCUCGAUGGAGCCGAUCUCCAACAGACACUCAACACUGGACUUCCGUCUGGGGACUAUUGCGAUGUAAUUUCCGGUGACCUUGUUAACGGAAAGUGUACUGGCAAAACAGUGAAUGUUGAUGCAAAUGGACACGCUGCCAUACAUAUCAGUGGCGCCGACCAGGACCCCAUGCUGGCCAUCCAUGCUGGGGCAAAGGUCGGAUCUCCCAUCCGCCGUCGUGGCUAAACAAGGACAAGUCUGCAUGAAUGUCUCCCAGAAUAACUCUCAACGGUAUAAUGUGUAUUAAUCAAUAGAACAGUUCAGAAGGAUUUAGGUGAUUAAUAAACACUACAAUGAUACUAACUCACAAAUUUCUUUUACAUUGAUAUAUUGAAACAUGACAAAUGAAUGUAUUUUAAGAAGCUUGAAACCAAGACAUUUAUUGUUAUACGACUUGAAUGUACAAAUACAAUAAACAAUCGUUACAUUUUAGAAA